AGCUUGAGGAGCCACUUCCUGUUAAGAGAGCAGAUCACAGUGUCUUUGAGUCAAACACACACACACACACGCAGGCACGCAUCUCAAAGCUGCGGCCUGUCAGACAGACAGAGGGAUAAUAAUUGCACCAAGAGCAGCAUCUGCCGUGAUUGUCCUGCUGUCCAUCACACCUGUGUCAGCAAUGUCGACGUAUGAUCCUAGUUACUGUUACAUCCUGGACGGAUUACUGCUUCUGUACUGCAUCGCCAUCACUGCUUUCUUCGUGCGUGAGCGAUGUUUCAAGAAGAAAAGCAACGUGGAGCAAGACUCUUUGUAUCAGCCAGUUAAUAAGAGCGGCCAGUCGGCUUACGACGUACUGACGCAGCGAUCGACUGAAGAAGGUCGAUCCGUAGGGGGACGCAGGCGAGGAGACGACAGCACUUACACGCCUCUACAGAAAAAGACGGACGACACGUACCGUGAGAUUGAGACGAAGACAGGCCGCCGCCGUCCUGAUCAGGUUUAUCAGGGUUUGAGCUCCAUGACUAAAGACACGUAUGAUUCUCUGAACAAGCAGCCGAUUCACCCGCCGCCUCGUUAAAAGCUGAUUCUCCACAAACCGGCCGUCAGGAUCACAGUCCAGUGCAGAUUCAGCCACUUAACUCCUUCAUUCACUCGUGUCUUUGAUUUCAGUCCAGUAGUUUUUUUCCCUACAUACUCCAGUGAUUAUUCAGUGU